UGGUGGAGCAACUGCUUCCCAAACGUCUCUGCUGAUUCUCCAGUGCUGGUUAAAAGCUUCGAGGACACCAGCUGGCCUUUCCCUUUUGGGCGCCUUCCGCAUCCUGCCAGGUGAGCCGUGAUGAUCACAAGGGGGCUUCUCUUCUCUUCUGUGCUGGGACCUGCUUCACCCAGUGGUGGGUUAGCAGGAAGGUGAUUCUCCAGGACACCAGCAACCAGCAGCCUCCUGGGCGCCUCCUGCCAGGUAAGGUGAGAUGACCUUAAGGGGCUUCUCUUCAGUGCUGGGACCUCCUUCAUCAAGAGGUAAGGCAUUCCCUUUGGGGGUUUCUUUAACGUUUCCGCUUCUAGCUGGACCCCUCUUAAGUGGGCCCGGAUGGAGGCACCUUGGAAAGUGGGGGCUCUUCUGUGGAGCAGGGGGAGAGGAAUGGCCCCUACCCCUGCCCCCAGCACAGACCCCCCCCUCCCAGGAUCUCCCUUGUGUCUUUUCUUGAUCACGCGGCCCUUGGGAAGAGGGAACCAUUUCAGGGUCCUCUUGUGCAGCACAGUUUGGGAAUCCCCCCUGCCAACUGGGCCAAGAGGCCCCUUUCAAAGUGGAGCUUCUCUUCUCCUCUGCAGGGGGAGCAACUGUCCCUGUCCAGCCCAGCAUCGCAUCCCUCCCCUUAGCGGUUGCUGAGGUCUUUUCGUGCAUGCACGUGCAGGAGAUGCGUGAGCUGUUUUGUGACCGGGAACCAUCUUCAAGCCGCCUCGUGGCACACACAGUUUGGGCUCCAUCCCUGCUGCUUCAUAAAGUAGAGGCUCUCUUCUAUUCAUCGGGCGAGGGAGGGGGAGCAACUGUCCCCUAAGCAACCCAGCCUGGCAGCCUUCUGGGGCUGCUGCUGCUCCGUUCUCUCUCCAGAGAGGCUUCGAUCUUCUCAUGCCUUUUGCAGUGCAGACCACUUGGCUGGAAAGCGGCAUAUCAUCAUCAGUGCUCGUCAGACCAGCUUUGUGGGGCUGUGAGGGUGCCUGGAAAAUGUGACGAGGCCGCUGGGUCCCCCCUUGCCGCUGGUGUGUGCUGGGCUGGGAGGAAGGCGUCCGGUCUCAAUGAGGUCUGUGGAGACGGUGCUGCUCAGGGGUCAGAGCAUCACAGGGAGGGGCCUUUUCAAGCAACCAGAGGGGCACCUUCGGUUUCAGGGAAGCUGGCUUGAAUGAGUGCUGAAGAAUGCCAGGGAGGAUCCUGCAGCUAGAAGCCCUAAAGGGAAAAGGAGUUGGAGAGGGUUCAGAAAAGCGAGAGACUGAAGGCCCAGUGGCAAGCCGUUCCCAUGAGAAGGAAAGAUGGGCGGCGUCUCCAGAAGCCUGUGUGGGUGCAGAGAAGAGGGCUCUCUGAGCCGCUGAGAAGCAAAAAGGACAGGAGGACCCUCGAACCCAGGAGCAAGAAUCCAAAUGAGGGCCUGGACCGGGAGGGAUGGUGGAAAGGGCUUCUGCAGAUACCAGCAGACUGCAAACCCCAGCACUGCUCUGCAGGAAGGCCGGAGCGACAUCCCCCUCGGGGGCAAUCCUACCCCUCUGGCUCUGGCCGUGGGCCUGACCUGAUGCCCCCCCCCCCGGGAGUUAACUGUCCAGGCUCAGAAGCAUCCCUGGAGGAGGAGGGGUGGUGGCAGCGCCCAGCCCCAGCAAGCCCCUCUCAACUGGGCUAAGUGAUGAACAGGGCCCAGUCCCCGCCCCCCCCGAUGCAGCUGCAGCUCCUCCUCUUACUCUGGGCCUGGAAUCCUCUUCUGUCUCUUUCUUCACAUGAUCGCUGCAUUCCUGGGCUUGCCUAAUCCAAAUAGAUGCCUUACAAGCUGCUGGAUUCAACUGCCGGAUGGUUUGGGUUGUGUUCCGUUGUGGACGGAUCAGUUCUGUGUGAUAGAGGCAUGCCCUUGUGGUCCUUCACUGCCGGAAUGUGGCUUCUCUCCCAGGGACAUCCGAGACUAGACAGGAUGGCAGAAGCGAAAACAACCCGUGAGAAGAACACCUGAAGAGCCCCAGGGUUGAACUGAAGGCCUAUAGACUGGAGGGGAACUGGCAUGUUCUGUAUUUGGGCAAUAGGCGAGGCUAUGGCAUGGUCCGUGUCCGUCUGCCACCCCCCCGUCCGCAUCUGUCCGUCUGUCUGCCCCCCUGUCUGUGUCUGCCCCCCCCCGUCCAUCUGUCCGCCCCCAUCGGUCCAUCGGUCCACCACCCCCAUCCGCCCCCCCAUCAGCCUGCGGAUGAUGCCGCCAUCCAAAUCCCUGGCCGACCUCACUCUUUGGUUUAGAAGCAGGUGGGUCCCUUUGGGAGGAGGAGGAAGGCGCUGCUCGUCGCUCUUCAGAGCCAGUGUCCAAGUCCAAGGGGUCUCUCUCCAAAGAGGCCCAGGAGAAUCCUUUGGCCACGGAGGAGGAUUCACGGCAUCCCCGGAGCCUUGGGGUGGUCCAAGCUCAGGGCCAAAAGGCUGCCAGCCCCAGAGCUCCCCCCCUGCUUCUCCCCAUGGCUCUGAGAGCCUCCAGGGCUCAGUUUCCCGGAGGGUCUGAAAGGAGGCCUCCACGAGACCAGCUCUGCCUGGGAACCAGCCGUCGGCCAGGGAGGUGCUUGUGGGGCUCAUCGGGGCCAGGAUGUGCAACCCCUCCCUGGGAAGGAGUCUCCCAGUGGUGGUGGGAGGAGACCCUCCCUAGCCCCAUGGCAGCUUGAGGAUUGGCUGUCGGUAAAACAGCCCUGCAGGCUGGCUUACAAAUACUAAUUCCCAAGACUACUCACACUGCUAAUGCUAUUACAAGUCAUCCCUGAUAAUACCACGAUACUAAAAUUAAUAAUACGGAUAAUACCACCCAACAUUCUCAGCGGGGGGCCCUCAUCCAUGCUGCUCCCUUUCUCCCUCCAUGGAGACCUUUUCCUGGAAAGGAGGCGAUUUCUCCAUCCUCCCCAAGAGGCUGGAUGAUGGAUCCCCGUUGCUGGUGCAAGAGAAGGUGAGGGUGAGUGGAAUCCUGCAACCCCCCAGGAGGAAGAUCGAAGGGGGCAACUCCAGAGCGGAGUCACUCGGAAACGCGGAAGGUCUUAAUGCUCCCUCUGCCAAGGACCUGCCGAGCUGCUGAACCUGGGUAAGCUGCAGUCUUCGUUCGUUCCAGGUCUCGCAUUUUUGUCUUCGAAUUCCCGAAUGUCCUUGGAUCUUCAUUGAUUUGUCUUCUAGAUUUUCUGUUUCUAAACUACGCGUGCCUCUUAUUUUUCUAUAUAUUGUCCUUAUUUCAAUUGAUCAUUCCUUCUAGAUUUUCUCUCUCCAAACCACCGUUCGUUAAAGCACCCCAGGAAUACAGCUUGUUGGUCUCUCCCCGCUUCUGCCCUGGUCUCUCCCAGUCUCAGCAGAGAUCUCCGGAGAUCUUCUUCUCACUGGCCAAACCUCCUAUUGCUGCCUGAAAGACCCCCUGAGCAGCCUCCUCCUUCCUAUAGUGCCUUUGCAAGGUUCUGGCCUACUGCUGGGCCCACCGUUGCCAGGAUCCUGACCUCUGCCUCUGCCUCGCUCUCCUGGUCUUUAUUCUCUCUCUCCAUCCUCCCAGCCAAGAAGAGACUCCCUCUGAGCGCACCACAAAGGAAGGACCCCAUCUGGCACCAGCCUCUCCCGAGGAGGGGGGCCUCAGCCAGGUAACCCCCCAGCCAGACUAGGACCCAUCCAUCAUCUCCCUUGCUGGGUGGCUGCUGGAACUGGGUGCCCCGUUCAGGGCAGGAAGAGCCUAGAGAGUAGGGAUGUGCAUUUCGUUUCGGGCACAGAUUGUUCUGUGCCCGAAACAACGAAUUUCGGGUGAUUCGGAGCCGAUCCGAAUCACCCAUGAGGACCUCCGAAAUGUUCUGUGCCCGAUCCGAAUCACCCCAAUUUCGUGGAAAAAAAUUCGGGUGAUUCGGACCUCCGUGGGCAUGUCUGCAGCCUCCAUUUUGUGGCUGCAGAAUUGCCUUCUUCUUUUCCCUCCAUUUUCAUUCUGACAGCUCUUUGAAUUUCCCGCCUUUUUUUCUCCAUUGACUUCAAUGCAAAAAAAUUUUCCCAUUCACCUCCAUUGAAAAUAAAAGUUCCUACCUGCAGAGGAAAAUGACCAAAUAAGGUUUGGAUAGUAAAUCACACCCUCCCAUUGGCCAGGUACAGGUGGAGGUAGGGUCAAGGGUGGGGGUGAUUUUUGGAGGGCUUUGCAGGAGGGUAUUUAAGGGGCCACCAGUAGCCAUUUUCUUCCUUUCUGCUGCCUUGCGUGGGAGAAGAGACACAAGAGAGAGAUCUGCUGCCUUGCUUAGUAAGUCUUGCCUCCAUUUUGAUUUUGGAUUUUUGUGGGUGCUGUUUUUCUGCAUUUACGCCAGUGCUCUGCCUUGUUGGUUGGUUUUCUGCGUUAUUUAAGCAAUUUUUAAAAUAAAGAGAGAAGAGGGUGGAAUUUUUUUUUAAAGAAACCUCUGCCUUGCAGAGGUUUCCCACUGCUCAUUUUUAAAUCCUUGUUGGGGCUAGAAGAGGGGGAGAAUUUUUUUUUUUUUUAAAGGAAACCUCUUCCUUUCAGGGGCAAACCACUUUUCAAUUUUUAAUCCAUUUUUGGAUUAAAAGAGGGUGAGAUUUUUUUUUUUUUAAAAAGAAACCUCUGCCUUGCAGAGGCAAACCCUCUGCUCAUUUUUUAAUCCUUGUUGGGGCUAGAAGAGGGGGAGAAUUUUUUUAAGGAAAGGAAACCUCUUCCUUGCAGAGCAAACCUCUUCCCAUUUUUUAAAAUCCUUUUUUGGAUUAAAAGAGGGUGAGAUUUUUUUAAAAAAAGAAACCUCUGCCUUGCAGAGGCAAACCCUCUGCUCAUUUUUUAAUCAUUGUUGGGGCUAGAAGAGGGGGAGAUUUUUUUAAAGGAAAGGAUUGGAAACCUCUUCCUUGCAGAGCAAACCUCCUCUUCCCAUUUUUUUAAAUCCUUUUUUGUGAAGAGAAGAGGAAUAGAUUUUAGAUUUUUAAAAAAAACAUCUGACUGCCUGCAAGCAUUGCCAGCCUGCAGCCCUUGGUGGGAAAGGAGGGGUUUUUUUUCUCCUUUUGAAUCCCCCCACCCUAUUUUUUGCCAAACCACUUUUUUGGGCAAUUUUUUUCUGCGGAGAGUCACUGCUGCCUGUGCCUGCCUGCCUGCCUGCCUGCCUGCACUCCAGGCCCGCCUGUGUGACCAGCCACCAGACCAGACCCUCAGAGGUGGACGCCAGAGACCCUGCGUUGGAGAAGCCUACACCUGAGUGAGAUUGGCCCAGCCAUUUAUAUUUUACACACGCACACAACACACAGACACACGCACGUCACACACGGCGUUCUAAUCUGUAGUGUUCCGUUCUUUAACUGUGCGUUUGGGGUUUAUUAAUUUUUCCCUGUUUUUAGGUUUUGGGGGUUUUCACUUUUCUCUAUAAGUGUUGUGUGAUAGUUGUAAGAUUGGGUUUUAAAUAAAUAGUGUUUUAAAUAAAUAGGGUUUUAAAUAACUAGGGUUUGUGUGUAACCUUCCCCGGUAGCUAGCUAUUAGGAGGAGGUUCAACUGUAGAGUAGCAGUAGACUGUAAGAGUGGCCUGGCCUAGUAGUGCUGCAACUUUAUAUUUCUGUUGCUGCUUUUGUGUAUUUUGCAGAAAUAUUUUUUAAGGGCCUAGUCUGCCCACAGUUACUUUUCCAUCUUGUUUGCCUGUGUAAUUGACACAGAGAUAAUUUUUUGAAACAUUUUUGUAACUGUGUGUUACUUUCAGACCACAGAGAGAGUAACUUUCCCCUGUGGUGGAGUGCGUUCGAUACAUUAGUAACAACAGCACAAGUUACUUGCAACAAAUAAAUUCUCCAGUCUAUUCCAUUCAAAGUGACCAACAGUCAGAGAAAGAUAAUACAACUAAACUUACUUUCACUUCUACUGACUAAGUGCACUGCACACUGUGUGCGCAAGGCUCCAGCCUUAAAUAACUCCUCCUGCACCUGUGCACAGCACAGCAGCUGAGCUAGUAUCUUAAUUUUUAAUUUUUAUAUUUUUUUGUUGCACAUCCUGCUUCUGUUGUAUCGCGCAUCAAGUAACUCCCACUGUCUCCCAGUCCCUCUGUGACUGACUGACUGUGUCGUGUGAUACACAUUCAUUGCACGGCGUAAGCAACUUCUGACUGGGAUCUUGCAGCAACAGCAUUUGUGCCAACAACAACAAGCCUUAAGCAAGGAGGCAUUGUAAAGUCACCGGCACCGCAGCACAUCCACUGUUUUUCUGGCCCUCUAGUAUACCUGCUGCCCCCUGAGACAACUACCUCUUCUUCACAUUUUGAAAUUUUUAAAAAAGAUUUAAAAAGCAAUGGUUGGGAGGACAGCAGGAAAAGGGAGGGCACAAGUAAGUGGGAGGCUUGUCUUCCCUACAGCUGGUCGUGGCAGGGGGCGGCAAGAGGGGCCUACUCCCCAAGUCACCCCCGGCCCUGCUUCGGCGCGCAGGCUUGACUUCUUCUCGGGUCAGCCUGGCCCUAUGCCAGGGCCUGCGGCCAGGCAGGAUUUAGGGGGGGGGGGCCUCCCAGAUUGCCAGGGAAGAAGAUCUUCCUGUGGCAGCUGAGGAGGUGGUGCUAGUGGAGGAGGUUGGGUUAGGGUUGGCAGUCCAGCCAGAUCCACCUUGCGGACCCCCCAAACGGUCACUAUGGGGGUUGGUGGGGGGCUCAGUCUGGCAUCUGAGGGGGCUCAGGAGGAGGGAAGAUCUUCUCCUGCCCCUGGGCCUUCCCAUGCCAGCGCUGAGGGCAUCGGUGGUGGUAUGCCCGAGAAGGAACCAGCAAAAGUUCCACCAACAAAGCGACCUCGUGUCGCUGGGGAGUCUGGCAGUGUGGUCUGGGAUCACUUUGAGCUUAGCUGUGUGCACCCACUGCAAGGCACUGGUCAGCAGAGGCAAGGACCCUAUGCACUUCACAACCUCGGGGCUGUGGUCGCACAUGCGUCAGCGCGCGGCACCCAGGUGUGGAGACCUCUUCUGGCACUGGCAGUAGGCCCGGUGCCUCACCUGGUAGCAGAAGCAGUAGUAGUGGCGGCAGCAGCAGCAGCAAGCGGCCAGCGGCUCCUGCCCACAGGCAGGAAAAGCUGACCGAUCAUCAGUGGGUGCAAUCUCUUGGGAAGCGGUCUGAUCGUCCAAAGCCUCAUCUCGUGACUCGGGCCAUUGGUGAGAUGAUCGCUCUUGAUGACCAGCCGUUCUCCAUUGUCGACAAUGUCGGCUUCCGGCGUCUGCUCCAGCUGCUUUCUCCGGAGUACAAGAUCCCCUCAAGGACCACUUUCAGCAGGAGGGUGGUCCCCUCCCUGUACCGUGCGUGCAGCUGGGCCAAACACCAGUGUGCAUUUCACUGCAGAUAUCUGGACUAGCCGCAGUGGGCUGCACACUGCCUUCAUGUCCCUGACAGCCCAUUGGUGGGGGCAUGGGGGUGAGGGGACAUCUGGCGCUGCUGGUGCUGUAUCCAGCUCCUCCCAUGCAUGCACGCCUUCUUGGGCAGUGUUGCAUGUGGAGGCGAUGGACACAGACAACACUUCAGAUGAGUUGGCUGCCGUCAUGGAGCGGCAGGUGGGGGCGUGGCUGGCCGGGGAGCCAACCCUCCGCCGGGGCUUCAUGGUGACGGACAACGCAGCCAACAUCACCAAGGCUGCUAGGCGGGUUUACGGUGUGAACAUCGCUUGCGCUGCGCACACCUUGAACCUCGUAGUGAAGGGUGUGCUUGGCCUCAAGGAGGCGCCGAAGAAGGCCAAGGAGCACCAGCGUGUUCGGGGCUCUUCUAGUAGUUUAGGUCAGGAUCCUGCUGCUCCCGUGGCCGCCCUGGUGGAGCGUUGCCGCCAGGUAGCGGGCCACUUCCACCGGAGUGAAAAGGCAAGGCGCCAGCUCAAGGCCAGACAGAUCGAGCUGGGCCUGCCCGAACACCAAAUCCCCCAGGAUGUUCCUACCCGGUGGAACUCCACCUUUCUCUUGCUCCGGCGCAUGCAUGAGCAAGAGGGAGCACUCAACAGCCUGGGGACGCGUGGUUGCUUGGAUCUGUGCAAGUCUCUCUAUGAUGACUGGCCGGUGAUCCGCGAGCUGGUCUUAGUACUAGAGCCAUUCUAUUCUGCUACGAACGACUUGUGUACUCAGACCGCCACGCUGAGCCUGGCUUUGCCCACUGCUAUUCUCCUGGAGAAGGCAAUGAGCAAUCUCCAGACCACUCUGACCACUGGGGUUGCGAUUGCCCUGGCAGGUCGGUUGAGGACUGGGGUAGUUGAGCGGCUCAAGACACCAUGGGCCGCAUCUGCAUGGCAUGUCCUGGCAUGCAUUUGUGACCCAAGGAUGAAGGGCAGCGCUGUGCCUCCUGGCGAGCUGCCCAGGUGGAGGGGCCUCCUGGUUGAACACGUGAAGCGUGAAGAGGAAAGGAGGCUAGGGAUAGGAUUGAUUCAUUCCCAUACUCGUCAUAGUAAUAAAGGAGAGAGUGAGAGAAAAGUGAGAGUGUUAGGGUCAUUUAGAGUUGAGAGUACUAUAUGUUGCAUGAAUGAAUGAAUCAAUCUAGCACUCUGCUGCACCCAAGAAAACCCUCAGAAAUUCACAAAAAAUCAGCCCUUUGUCUGAUCCCCCUGAAAUUGGGGUGGCAGCCUACACCCAUUAGGCACUACCACCCCACCCCACUCUUUUGGGGCAGAUACACUUUCUGCCCCCCCAUCUGCCCCAAAGACACAAAAACUUCAAAAAAAUCACAAAAAAUCAGCCCUUUGUCCCAUCCCCCUGAAAUUUGGGUGGUAGCCUACACCCAUUAGGCACUACCACCCCACCCCACUCUUUUGGCUCCAGGGUCCUUUUUGCUGAUCCGAAUCGAUUCGGAUUCGGAUUAAAUCCGAAUCCGAAACGAAUCGGGGGUGAUUCGGGUCAGCAAAAUUCGGAUACAGAACAGAACAAAGGUGAUUCGGCUCAGGUCCCGAGCCGAAUCACCAAAAACCCGAAAUGCACACCCCUACUAGAGAGGGCAACCCCCAGCGGACCCCCAUCUCCUUUCCAGAGCCUCAAGGAAAGGGUGGGGAAGAAAGGAUAGUGGCAAACGCCUCCUGGGUUCAAGGCAGGGCCCCAAUCCGGUGGCAGGGAGCAGGUGGGACUUGAGCCUGAGUUUGGAGCCGGGGGUGCUGCUGCUGCUGCUGCUGCUGCUGCCCCAAAGAAGGGGAGGCAUUGCCCCACCGUGAACAACUGCAUCACCCCAGGAGUGGAAGCCACACCGUGACCCACAUCGAUGGGGGUCCCAGUGAGGCAGCCAGAGCUCCAUUAAAACUAGCUUCCGAAGCUGCAGCCCAAGGCUUCCCCCAUUUCCUCUUGGUCCUGAGACUGGGCCCAAAACUGCUCCUUUAGUGGUGGGGCUGUGUCUACUCCCAGGAGGGUGCAAGGAACCCUCUUGGGCCCCACAGUGGACCGUGGGCUGCAUCCUCAGCCCGUAGGGCCAACCAGGGGGGCAGAGAGCACGCCAAUAAGAGCGCCCCCCCCGGUUGGCCUCCCGCAGGGACACCUCGGCAUCCGCUGACCCGCCCAGGCGACAGUGUGGGAUCAGCCGGCCGCCAUUCGGGGCCGAGUAGGAAUUUUUCCCGUCCACCCCGAUUGGCCGGGAGGUGGAUGGUUUUUCGCCUACUCUGCACUGUCCCACUGGGAGGGACUUUUGGCCGGGCCCGGCUUAGGAGCGGUGCCACUAAAUAGUGUAGCCCCUUGGUCACCAUGGCAGGUAGGGGCGGUGGUUGGGGGGGGUCCAGUCUCUUGCCCCCCCCAGCCAGGGGUGGCAGCUGCACGGAGGCUUUGCCCCAGUGCAGGCCUCUGCUCAAGUGCAUUAAUAAAGUUGUGGCCCUAGUUGGAACCCA